ACUGCUUGAUGUUUUAGGAGAAAUUCAGAGUUUUGGAAAAGUAGACAUGAAUAUUUUAGAAAUGUCUGAGGAACUGGAAACCUUUGUGACCAGCACCAUUGACUAUAAGUUUGCUCUUAGCAGAUAUAUAGCAAAUUGCCACACACUGAUGAUCAAGUGCAGCUUGCAGAUAUUGGGUGAAACUGCACACCAGAGCAACCCAAUCAUAGAUUUAUUUUCGGAGCACUUAUUCUUCAUGCUAAACAAGAAAGAACCCGAGAAGAAAAUCCUUAUGUAUAGUGGUGCCUGCUCACUUGACUGGGGUGCCCUGUGGAAACUGGUGAAAGAUAUGAUGGACUUUGCAUUUGAGAAAAAUAACAAAUACUUUGGGAGGACAAAUGCUCUCUGUGUCCUCUCACUUCUGUUCAAGAAUAAAGCUCUCUUCAGUCGAGGCACUACUGCAGAAGUAAAGCAGCUAGGGGAAUCUGUGUCCCAGAGUCUUCUUGGUAUUCUCAAAAGGUUCAACCUUAGACAGCAAGCGCGUUUUGUGUCACGCCUGUUUGAAUUUAUGAUUGUCCUGAGAGAGAAUCAUAGGGAUCCUGAUACUUCAGGAAUUAGAUGGGAGGAGAUCCUGGUUGCAGUAAGAGAUCUUGAUAAGGAAAUUCCAACUGCAAGUCGAUCGCCAUUGAGGGUCUAUUACAAAGAAUUGGUCAGGGCGCUGCAUAGAGAUCCUAACCAGCAGGCUGCAGACACAGAAGGUAAGAAGCGGAAGUUUGAAGAGGAGGAGGAACGCAGGACUCAGAACAAGAGAAGAAAAGAGCUGGCGAGGAAGAAGCAGCAGAAGAAGAAGGCAAAAGCACAAGCGUCUCAGAAGGGACCAAAGAAAUUCCUUGGCAAGAAGGGUAAAGUGAAGAGAAAACGAGCAAGUCAGAAAAAGAGGGCAAGGAGAUCAGAGGCGUAAAUAAUCUCUGACAAUAGUACUGUUUUUCUUUCUAAGAUAUAUGUUGCAUCAGGUCAGAAGCUCUAUGUAUGAUUAUAAUGAAUAAUUAUCUUUAACAGUGAU